CGGACGGCCCACCGGAAGUGCCCGGCGGACGGUUUUUCUGCCGGAUGUGCGUGCCGGCUGGGGGCUGAGGCCGAGGGAGCCGUCGGGGUCCGGGCUCGGCGGGAUGGUCCGGAGCCGCUCCAGGUCCCCCCCGCGGAGGGAACGUAGGCGCUCUCGUUCUGCUUCCCGGGAGAGGGAGAGGAGGCGACGGGAGCGUUCGAGGUCCCGGGAGAGGGACAGGAGGAGGAGUCGUUCCCGUUCCCCGCACAGGAGGCGAUCCAGGUCCCCGAGGCGGCAUAGAUCCAGCUCUUCUUCACCGUCCCGGCAGAAGGAAAGGCGAGACGAUGAAAAGAAAGAAAACAAAGAUGCCAAAAGCAAAGAGCAUCAGAUCACCGAAGAAGAUAUGGAAGGCAAAACAGAGGAGGAAAUUGAGAUGAUGAAAACAAUGGGCUUUGGAUCCUUUGACACAACAAAAGGGAAGAAAGUGGAUGGCUCUGUAAAUGCCUAUGCUAUAAACGUGUCACAGAAGAGAAAGUACAGGCAGUACAUGAACAGAAAAGGUGGAUUCAACAGACCGUUGGAUUUUAUUGCUUGAUGUCUAGUCUUGUUACCUAUGAAGAAUGACAUCUGGAGCACGAAUGGUUAAUAUUUUAUUGUCUCGCUGUGACUUGUGUGUGCUGGGGUCUCCGAGACAGGAACUCAGCUUCUCGCUGUAAAAAGAAAUCAGCUUAUUUAUGAGAGUCCAGAAACGCUUGCUUUGCCUGCAAAGAGAGGGAAGAGAGGGUAAAAAUGAUGCUUUCUCGAAAUGUUGGGUUUGAAUAUGUUCAGGCCUGUUUUGUUCCCUGUCAGGACUUUCCUGUUAGAUGUAUUUUUUCAUUUCUUCUCUGAGUUUUUUAAAAUAACGAAAUGUUGUCAGUUACAAUAAAAACCAGUAUAUAUUUACCCCCACCCCAGAAUUAAAAUAUGAUGGCGUUGCUCAGGAAUAAAGCACCAGAGAAGAGGCUGCUGGAGAUGUCUGGGCAAUUAUUUGCCUGUCAAACAGAGGGAUAAAUCACUGUGAAGAUAAAUCUGGUUGAGGGUUUAAAACAGAAUUAUUUUGAAAGUGUGCUCAUGGGAGAAUGUUGAAAGAGAAUUGUUUUCCUAAUUUAAGAUCCCCCCCCCUUACUUUUCACUUAUCCCUUUCCUUACUAGUUAAUAAUCAAAGUUGUCAAGAACUACCGAGUAAGAUAGAAUAGCAUAGUGUCAAAGGGUUGCAGUGAGUUUACGUAACGUGUUUGAAUAUUCCUCAGUUUUCAUAUUUGUUUACAGAUUUGUUACUUAAAAUUCUUCUUGAGGCUGAUGCUUCUCUGAGCAAAGUUUGGAGGUAAAUCUGGGUUAUAUUAAAGACCCAGAGGUGAAACA